AUGAACAAGCAUAUUGCGUAUAAUUUUGUAUUAAUACUUAUAAUAAUCCAAUGUGUCAAAUCACAAGACAAUGAUCCUGAUCAGCCUGACGAAGAAGAUGAAGAUAAUUUUGAAGUUUUAGAUCUGGAUAAAAUAAUUGAACAACGAAUUAGUCGUUUUGAAGAUCCUCGAUAUCAACAUUAUGAUUAUUACCAACCUGAAUUACAAGAAUAUCCAACCCAACCAGAGACUCAACCCGAACAACAUGAUCUUUACCAAUCUUAUGAUCAGUACCAACCUGAAUCACAAGAAUAUCAACCUGGAGAUCAGUAUUAUCCAGGAUACCAGCAAGAACAUCAACAAUGUCAACCAGAAUAUCAGUAUUAUCCAGGAUAUCAACCAGAACAUCAACAAUAUCAACCUGAACAAUAUGGUCAAUACCAACCAUACGAAACUCAGAUACAAACUCAAGAACAACAAUAUUAUGUGCCGCCAACUACGCAACCAGCAACUCAGGCACCUCAAGUAACCCAGGAAUCUCAAACAAUAAUUCAUUCCACUCAACCAACUUAUCAACAACAUUAUGGAUUUUAUCAACCUGUACAGCAAACUGAACAGUUAGAGCCUGAAGUUAUACAAGUUCAACAGAUUGAUGAUGAGGAAAAAGAGAAAGAGAGACAGCCGAGAGCUCAAUUGUUGGAAAAAUUAAAACAAAAAAUACAACGUCCUCAAUCGUCUCAACCAGGAAAAAGAACAAGACCUCAAACUACAAGUGGAGAUCAAGAUGAGGAGGAGGAAGAUGAAGAAGAACUUGUUAAAGUACAUCCCCUUAUUUCACCUAAAAAAUCUAUACAUAUCAAAUUCUUCAAAAGGGAUUCUGAUGGAAAUCUUGUAGAAAUGACUUAUUGUGACUAUGUCAUUAUAUAUGGUGAUCCAAAUAAAACAGAAUAUAUGUUUAUUGUAGAUCUUGAGCAAAUAGAAUGUGACGAUCGAAUUAUUUAUCAACAUAUAGAUGGAACACCGUAUUGUGUGUCAUUAAUUCAUAGUAAAAAAACGAAUGUUUUUGUCAUGACAAACAGUGAUGGAUUUACAUUAGUUAAAAAAAUUAGAGGAAAAUGGACAACAACUCAAGAAGCAAUUCCAGAUUUUGUCAAAAUGUUCACAAAAAAUGAGGAGGGCAAACUAAUUUAUUUGACCAAAGAAAAAUAUACUGUUACUUUUACUUCAAAUGGAUCCUUUAGAUACGAUUUAAAUCCAGAUAUAAAGUGCUAUAAAAUAGUAGUUAAGGACAUGAUUGCAUGGGAGAAAACUGAAGAUGAUGAUGGGUUUCCUGAAUUGAUUUAUGUUACACCAAAAUUCGGUGUCAUACUUAAGCUUAACAAAUAUACUAAAACAUUUGAAAGAAGGACUAGGAAAUAUCAAUUUUUAUUCACUAAAAAAAAUACAAAAAAGGGUAAAUAUUACUAA